AUGAUUGUAUCAGUCCCGCGGCGCAUGCUGCCUGUUGUGGUCUGCAUAGGCUUAGUUUUCAUUGUUUUAAUGAUAAGGAUCUCAUCUAGCUCAUGGCAGAGUUUACCACUGGAGAAGAUUGGGCUAGGGGAAGCAAAGAUAGAUGAUGAUAUCACCAUCAUUACACCAGGGGGAAAACAAAACCACGAUAACGAUGCGGACGGAAUGCAGUCUGUUGCGGACGAGGGACAGCCAGAAGUUGAGAUGGGCAGGACGCCAGAAACAUUUCCCGCGGGGACAGCAAAACCACCGGGCUCGACAUAUACCAAGAUGCUGAUUGUCCCAAAGACAAAGGCUGAAGAUACCACCUGGAUCGACGAGAAUUUCCCUCCUGGAGGCUCUCUGAACACAUCCAUGUACAUCGCCAACGACCCAACGGCGCCCCUCCAUCCGCCAAAGAAUAAAGGCAACGAAGUCAUGAUAUACCUUACCUACAUAAUCGACAAUUACGACAGCCUCGCUGAUGUCAACAUCUUCAUACAUGCACAUCAAUACGCAUGGCAUAAUGACGAGCUACUCGACUCCGACUCUGCACAGAUGGUGAGCCGUCUCUCUGCAGAAAGAGUUCAGAGAGAGGGGUAUGUGAAUUUGCGCUGCCACUGGUACCCAGGCUGCCCAGCCUGGAUGCAUCCUGGCACGCCAGAGUUAGAUGUCAACAAGCAAGAGGAGCAGGUGCUAGCGCAGUCGUGGAGUGAAUUGUUUCCCAUGGAUUCCAUUCCGACUGUUCUGGCUCAGCCUUGUUGUGCACAGUUCGCCCUAUCAAGGGAGCGUAUUCGCGCCUUACCCAAGGCCCGUUACGUGUUCUACCGAGAUUGGUUGUUGCGGACACCCCUUCACAACCAUAUCUCGGGCAGAGUCUGGGAGUAUGUCUGGCACUACCUGUUCACCGGCCAGAAUAUCAUGUGCCCCAAGGAGAAUGUGUGUUACUGUGACGGUUUCGGGGUUUGCUUUGGAGGCGAACAGGAGUACAAUAGUUUUUACGACAAAGUGCACGAAAAGUCACACCACCAGGACAGGCUCAAGGUGGUUGAGGCAAAUGCAAAGAAGAUUAAGGAAAUGGAGGAGAAGGGAGAGUUUGACGAAAAACUCGCUUUAGACGUGCCAAAGACCGGCGAAGCCGCCGAAUUGCAGCAAAAAAUCAACGAUCUCGGUGCAUGGGUUCAGAGCGAGAAAGAAAAGGCUAUUGAAAGGGGCGCCAAUCCGGAAAAUAGGGCCAAGGAGGCUGGACGGCCAUGGAAAGAGGGUGACGGGUUUUAA